AUAUUUUCAGGUCUUUCCAGCCCUUGGCCAGCCUGGCAGCCUGACUAACCAGCUUCUCCAGGCCUAGGUGUUGGGGGAGGGGCGCGGCAGGAGGCAGCCAGCCCAGCCCCAGGCUGUGGCUGUGGUAGAAGGUGGCGGUCAUGGGGCUCCCCCAGAGGCAGCCUCACUCAUGGCUGCUGUGCCUCUUGGUGGCGCUGGUCUGGCCCCAGCCCUGCACGAGCCUCGAGCUGAUCCCCUACACGCCGCAGAUAACACCCGGGGACCUGGAAGGGAAGGUGACGGCCACCACAUUCUCCCUGGAGCAGCCGCGCUGUGUGCUGGACGGUCAUGCCAGGGCUGCCGACACGGUCUGGCUGGUGGUGGCCUUUAGCAACGCCUCCAGGGACUUCCAGAACCCCAAGACACUGGCUGAGAUCCCCGCUUUCCCACAGCUGCUGACCGACGGCCACUACAUGACGCUGCCCCUGUCCCUGGACCAGCUGCCCUGCGAGGAUCCCGUGGGUGACAUCCCCGUGUUGCGGGUGGGCAACGACCCUGACUGCCUGGCUGACCUCCACCAGCCGUCCUACUGCAACACCCCCCUCCCUGGCCCCGGACCUUACAGGGUGAAGUUCCUCCUGAUGGACCCUGAGGGCUCACCCCAGGCCGAGACCAGGUGGUCUGGCCCCAUCACUCUCCACCAAGGGAAGUCUCCAGGCUCCAUCGACACAUGGCCGGGGCGGCGGAGCGGAGACAUGAUCGUUAUCACCUCCAUCCUCUCUUCUCUGGCCGGCCUCCUGCUCCUGGCCUUCCUGGCUGCCUCCACUGUGCGCUUCUCCAGCCUGUGGUGGCCUGAGGAGGUCCCUGAGCAGCUUCGGAUUGGCUCCUUCAUGGCAAACUGA